UGGCAGUUUUGAGGUUUUUCGCUGAAGGAAGUUACUAACAUGGUGUUGAGGAAAAAUUUGUCUGCUGCAAGAUGUUCAGCAAGCAAGUUAUACGAUUUAUGUUGGUGCUUAUAUUUAUGUGCCAAAAACGAGGAUCCCAGUUACAAUAUGGAUAUUGUCACCUCCUUCCAUUUGUUGCUUUGUUGUAUCGACCUCAUAUACAUAAAUGUACUAGCAGAGAACAGAGUGGACCUUAUCAACCAGGGGUUCGAAGGCAUACCAGAAAAUUGGGGUACUACAGCAUUCAAUUCAAAACAGCUUUCUGACUAUUGCAUUAUUGGACCUCUGUGCACACUAACAGGAGCUUUACCUAACGAUGCUAGAGACAUGAAAGCAAAUCACUGUAAAAACAUUUUUACGAAGUUUUUCCAAACAAAGACGAUACAUGGGAACGAAAAUAUGUUUUUAGGAAUAGUUUCUAAUGACAACUUUGAAAGAAACGUAAAAUCUUUAAAUAGUGCUUACGAACAGUAUGUACUUAGCGUUGGAGAAUUCGAUGAAAGGAUUUUAUUAAGCAAUCCUAAUUAUCGUAAAGUAAACAGUUCUGAUGUAGGCGACGAAAGCCUUUCUGUGAGUCUUAAUCAAUGUUUCUCUAAUUACACGGUGCUACCAAAAAAAAAAUCACGAAAUACACCCGAAACAAAACUUAUGGCCUUUUAU